GAGAGAAAGAGAGAGAGAGAGAGAGAGAAAGCAAAGCAGAGCGAGAUCUGAGCGUGUCCCGGAGCAGUCGGAAAACUCACACUGAGAAGACCUGCAGCCAAUCCUUGCUUCUGUGAGGUUUAUGGGACACGGGAUCACAGCGAAGAAGGCGGGCCGUACAGGAGAGAGAGAAAUCACCGGGGCUGAUAAGUAGGGUCCAGUUUGUCUCCAUCUCUCUCUCCGUCAACUCUCUCUUUCAGCAUGGAGCCCAACAGCCCCAAGAAAAUUCAGUUUUCCGUUCCACUCUUCCAGAGCCAGUUGGAUCCCCAGGCGGCUGAGCAUAUUCGCAAGCGCAGACCAACUCCAGCCACAUUGGUCAUCUACAAUGAGCCCAGUGCAUCAGGAGAUGACAAGCAGACUACAGGAAAUCAAACAGAGGCCCAGAGUGCCCAGCUGUCUCCAGCCCAGAGGAAACAGAGCGUCUACACGCCACCGACCAUGAGAGGUAGAGAGCACAGCGAUAGCCAGCUAGAGGAAAGGGAGAGUCAUCAUCCUCCGAGGCUCUCUCAAAAACACCUGGACACACUGUCAGAGGAACCUGGAGGCCCGUCACCACGACGCAAAGACACACCGUACCAGCACCAGCCACCAUUCGUCCCUGGGGUAAAGGUGCUGAAAACACAAACAGACCCUACUUCACUUUUCCAGGAGGAAGAAGAGAACAGCGGUGAACGGAAAGACAGUCAGACAGAGUAAAACUGGCUAAAUGACAUGAGGAAAUUACAUCAUUUAUAAUAUUGUUUUGGAGCCGUUUUUUUUUUUUUUUUUUAACUUUGUUUUUAUGUAACUUUUUUUUCAGUGAUUAAAAUAGUUUGAAAGUAAAUUUCAUUGUGCAGAUGUUGACAAUAAAUAUAGUCAUGCAAUUUCAUUACAAAAAUACUUUUCACUCCAAAAGGUGGGGUCCAAACGCUGAGGCUCCAAACUUUAUAGGAAGUUACUAUAUAUAUAUAUAUAUAUAUAUAUAUAUAUAGUAAUGGUCAGAAUUAUUGGCACCCUUGGUAAAUAUGAACAAAGAAGCCUGUAAAAAUAUAUCCGCAAUUUUAAUCCUUUUGAUGUUUUAUUAAAAAAAUUCAGAAAAAUCUAACCUUUCGUUGAAGUAAAAGAAUUAAAAAUGUGGGGAAUAUCUCUUUAUGAAAUAAAUGUUUUUCUCCAAAACACAUUGGCAACAAAUAUUGGCAGCCUUUUUAAUCAAUGCUUUUUUUCAACCUCGUUUUGCCAAGAUAACAGCUCUGAGUCUUCACCUAUAAUGCCUGAGUUUGGAGAACACCUGACAAGAGAUCAGAGACCAUUCCUUCAUACAGAAUCUCUCCAGAUCCUUCUGAUUCCAGAUCCAUGUUGGUGCUUCUUCUCUUCAGUUCACUCCACUCAUUUUCUUUAGGGUUCAGGUCAGGGGACUGGGACGGCCAUGGCAGAAGCUUAAUUUUGUGCUCAGUGACACAUUUUUGUGUUGGUUUUGAUGUUUGUUUUGGAUCAUUGUCCUGAUGGAAGAUCCAAUCACGGCCCAUUAUAAGAUUUCUAGCAGAAGCGGUCAGGUUUUGAUUUUUAUCUGUUAGUAUUUGAUAGAAUCCAUGAUGCCAUGUAUCUGAACAAGAUGUCCAGGACAUCCAGCAGAAAAAUAGGCCCACAACAUUAAAGAUCCAGCAGUAUAUUUAACCGUGGGCAUGGGGUACUUUUUAUCCAUGUGUGCACCAAACCCAUCUGGUGAGUUUGCUGCCAAAAAGCUCUUUUUUUAGUUUCAUCUGACCAUAGAAGCCAGUCCCGUUUGAAGUUCCAGUCUUGUCUGACAACUGAAUAUGCUGGAGAUGUUUCUGGAUGAGAGCAGAGGAUUUUCAUUGAAACCCUCCCAAACAACAUGUGCUGAUGUAGUGGCAAUUUGAUUUUUUUUAGGCUUUCUGAACCAGAGACUCAACUAAUCUCUGCAAUUCUCCAGCUGUGAUCCUUGGAGAGUCUUUGUCCACUCAAACUUUCCUCCUCACUGCGCAUUAGGACGAUUUAGACACACGUCCUCUUCCACACAGAUUUGUAUCAUAUUUAGUUGAUUGGAACUUCUUAAUUAUUGCCCUGAUAGUGGAAAUGGGGAUUUUCAAUGCUUUAGCUAUUUUCUUACAGCCACUUUCUAUUUUGUGAAGCUCAACAAUCUUUUGCUGCACAUCAGAACUAUAUUCUUUGGUUUUACUCAUUGUGAUGAAUGAUUAUGGGAAUUUGGCCUUUGUGUUUCCUCAUAUUUGUACUCCUGUGGACCAGGAAGCCAUGGCUGGACAAUUUCAUGUUCCUAGUCACCCUGGUGAAUAUGAAUAUGAAAUGUAAAUAUGAAUGGGAAUAUACUUCAGAGAUAUUUUACUUAAAGAAAUUCUAGGGGUGCCAAUAAUUGAGGUCAACGUGUUUUGGAGAAAAACAUUUAUUUCAUAAUGUGAUUUUCCCCCCACUUUCAAUUCUUUUACUUCAAUGAAAGGUUAGAUUUUUGUGAAUAUAUACACACACACACAAUUCAAUUGUAUUAAAAAGCAAAAUGGAGGCUUUUUUUUUUUUACCCCACUGUACAUUCUCUGAUAGGCUGUUGUGUUUAAUUGCAUAUUAAUUUUCAUGUUGUUGUAAUAUGAAAGCGUAAGAAAACUGAUGCUCCGCCGAUGAUGAUUUAGCAAUACAUGGGGAGGAAUGUGAAACCAAUCACAUCCAACCACGUUAUUUUUGAUCACCUCAUGUGGAAAGAGCUUGAGGCUUUGAUGAAUCUUUCUCUGACAGAAGCAAUAUUUUUGUAGGUAUGGCUGUUUUUUAUGCAGACGUGACUCUGAAGUCUCGCACGGCUGUUGUACAGCCCACCGGCUAGUAGAUUAUUUUAGAUCUUUUGCAACACACACAAUUUUUUUUUUCUUCUCCAGAAAAUAAUCAGCCUUCAUCGAUGUUAUAAUGUAGUGUCAGAAGAUGUUUCUACAAUAUAACAGGGCAAUUCUUUUGUGUGUAAAUGCAUUUGAACAGAUGAGAGCUCAUUAACAGCACUCUAUUAAUAUUUUUAAACAUUAAAAAUGUAGUAAAUUUGUUGAACAAGUGUUUCCAACAAAUAUACUGUAUGAAUUACAAAAUGUAAAACAUCAGUCUCGGUCUCUCUGUAUUGUUGACUUCAGUAGCACAUUUAUAAAGUUUAUAAAGCCUUAACAAUUAGGUGAAUCUCACAAAACUAAGAAAUAUAGGUACAUUUCCCCCCCAAAAAAAUCAAAAGAAAAAAAUUUUAAAUGAAUUUUUUUUUUGCAUAAAAAAUAAAGCCAUUUUUUUGUGUUUUUUGUUUUUUUUUUGCAUGAUGACAAUUUCUUGACAAUUAAAAUUCCCCUGUACUAUUCUCAUUAACACACACACAAAAAAAUGAUAUAUUAAAAUUACAAUUAUACUUACAAAUACAUACAUUGUACAGUUUUUAUGGUGGUAUUUGUUGUACUGAAUUUAUGAUGGGUUUUAAAAGCAAAAAACAAAUUUUUUUUUUUAUAUAGUAUGGAUGUGAAUUUUUGCAUUGUAAUAAUACUUUGGGGACAAACGUGCUUAAUUGUAAUGAAAAUAACAUCAAUGCAAGAAAAAAUGUAAAUGCUUGACCCUUAAAAAUAAACUAAAGUUCUUAAGUUAAAUUUCAACUGAAAAGCAUUGAAAAGUGUUGAUUUCAACAGAGGUGUUUCUGUCAUUCCUGACUGACACAGUAAGUGAGAUGCAGUCUUCUUUUUUGAUGCUUUUCUGUUUAAUAAACUUACUUUUUACAAUUUAA